ACGCGCCCUGCUCGCCCAAGGUCCGUCCGCUGCGCCUCACCGCCGGGGAGCCAGGCAGCAGCUGAGCGGGGACGGGCCCGCGCCCGGGGACCGGGAUGUCCCCCCUCCUCCUCUUACUAGUUUCCUACUAUGUUGGAACCCUGGGGACUCACACUGAGAUCAAGAGAGUGGCAGAGGAGAAGGUCACUCUGCCCUGUCACCAUCAACUGGGGCUCCCAGAAAAAGACACCCUGGAUAUUGAAUGGCUGCUCACCGAUAAUGAAGGGAAUCAAAAAGUGGUGAUCACUUACUCCAGUCAUCAUGUCUACAAUAACUUGACUGAGGAACAGAAGGGCCGAGUGGCCUUUGCUUCCAAUUUCCUGGCAGGAGAUGCCUCUCUGCAGAUUGAGCCACUGAAGCCCAGUGAUGAGGGCCGGUACACCUGUAAGGUGAAGAAUUCAGGGCGGUAUGUGUGGAGCCAUGUCAUCUUAAAAGUCUUAGUGAGACCGUCUAAGCCCAAGUGUGAACUGGAAGGAGCGCUGACAGAAGGAAGUGACCUGACUCUACAGUGCGAGUCAUCCUCUGGCACAAAGCCCAUUGUAUAUUACUGGCAACGAAUCCGGGAGAAAGAGGGAGAGGAUGAACAUCUGCCUCCCAAAUCUAGAAUUGAUUACAACAACCCUGGACGAGUCCUGCUGCAGAAUCUCACAAUGUCCUCUUCUGGACUCUACCAGUGCACAGCAGGCAAUGAGGCUGGGAAGGAAAGUUGUGUGGUUCGAGUGACUGUGCAGUAUGUACAAAGCAUCGGUAUGGUUGCAGGAGCAGUGACAGGCAUAGUAGCUGGAGCUCUGCUCAUUUUCCUCUUGGUGUGGCUGCUAAUCCGAAGGAAAGAUAAAAAGAGAUAUGAGGAAGAAGAAAGACCUAAUGAAAUUCGAGAAGAUGCUGAAGCCCCCAAAGCCCGCCUUGUGAAACCCAGCUCCUCUUCCUCAGGCUCUCGGAGCUCACGCUCUGGUUCUUCCUCUACUCGCUCCACUGCAAACAGUGCCUCACGCAGCCAGCGGACACUGUCAACUGAUGCAGCACCCCAGCCAGGACUGGUCACCCAGGCAUAUGGUCUAGUGGGGCCAGACACAAAAAGUUCUGAACCAAAGAAAGUCCACCAUGCUACUCUGACCAAAGCAGAAACUGCAACGAGCAUGAUCCCCAGCCAGAGCAGAGCCUUCCAAACUGUCUAAAUUAAAGUCGACUUGACUCCCAGGCUUUUCUAGAUUCAGGUCUUAGGACUCUACUAGUCAUUGGAGCUCAGUCACCAGCCACAUAACCCCUUUGAACCAGAUAAGAGGUCAUUUAAGUAGCAGUGAGCAUUGUGUGGAACAGACUGAGAUGAGUACUUCCCUUAAGUGACACCAGAGAACCAAAAGGAUGCAAGUUGAUCAUCUCCACAAAGGCACUCAUUAUGCCUUUUGACCACAGUGGGGGAAAACAGAUGUCCAAAUUUGUUUAUUUUUGACCAGGACCCAUGAUGUAUAGGUGAGGUAAACACACCAAAACUUCUCACCAGGGAUAUUUUCUAUCAAUGCUUUGAUUCACCACUGUCCAAAAGAAUUGGGAUAUUGUUUGUAAGUUUUCUAUGCAUUUAUAAAAUCUACUGGAUUACCGUUAAUUACUCAGAUACUCAAGCAGAACCCACAGCCUUAUAUCACACCUAUCUUCACCAUGUACUGGGCUAACCACCUCUAAGAAUUCCACAAAGGAAACACACCUCUUCUAUCGACUUGCCUGCAUUUGUCCUAAGGUUUCAAGGAGUUUAAACAGUGGGAGAUGGAGAUUGACUUUCUUCUACUCUAUCUGCUGCUCAUCUCCCUAGUUACACUGAAACCUAAAUUACAUCGAAAAGGGAGUCCAGGAUGUGACAAGUGACAAUGAAAAGCUUUCCAUCACAGGGAAUUGCUGACAAACACCAGAAAUAUACGUUGGAACAAUUGUGGAUUUUUUCCUCAAAUCAGAUGCCCUGAGGGCUUCUCUGCUGGAUAUCUCAAGAGAAAGAAAAAUUUCACUACAUCAUUUAAUCAUGUCCUUAGAAACAAGUCUUCUAGAUAAAAAGAGAUCUAGGAAGGCUGAAAGACACCUGAUAUACCACUAUAAUUUCUUACUUCUGAGAACAUGUGAAACCAGAAUUUCAAGACUAACUAGAGAAAAAGAUUUGAUCAGUUUCUUCUGAAUAUGUUAGGUAGAGAUAAGGAAGUUUAGUAUUGCACCAUACAUGUAGCUUCCUCCAUUUUUUUCACUUCAGAAGGAUGUGAACCUGGGACUUUUUAAUGAUCCUAAGUCUUAAAAUUUCAAAAAGAUCAGAAGCUGCUAAUGUUUCCUAAUGACAUUGCAAGUAUAUGCUAAUAUCAUUUCCUCUUGGGAGACUGAAGCAGGGAAAUUCAGUGUUGUCCCAGCCUUAGCCUCUAAGGAAAUGCAGCUCUGAGCUGAAAAGAAAGGGAACUAACAAUUAGGGAAGAGAUGAUGAAAGUAACUAAUGUUAGAAGGUAGGGUGAAUGCCUAUUAACAUCUUAGCUGUUGGCAUUUAGCAAAGAAUUGGCAGAAAGAGGGAUAGGCAUUGAGGCACAGUGCAUUAAGCUUCCACCUGCAAUGCUUUGAGCACUUGUUAAAGAGUCUUGCUGCUUCUAUUCCAAUCCAGCUACCUGCUAAUGUGCCUAGAAAGGCAGCAGAAGAUGGCAGAAGUACUUGGGCCCCUGUUUCCCACACAGGAGACCCAGAUAGAAUUCUGGGCUCCUGGCUUCAGCCUGGCCCUGCCCUGGCUGUUGCAGCUAUCUGGGGAGUGAACCAGCAGAUGGAAGAUCGAGCUCUCUUUCUCUGUCACUCUGCCUUUCAAAUAAAUAAAAUAUUUAAAAUAAUAAAGUCUAGAAUUGGCAGAAAGGACUCACCAGGAUAACUAUUGGAAGUGGAUGCACAGGAAUAGAAAGGUGUCUGAGAAAGCAGCUGUCUCCAAUACAGUGUCUUCCCUUUUUUUUUUUUUUUUUUUUUUUUAAGAUCCAUUUUAUUUAAUUGAAAGGCAGUGUUAUAGAGAAGAGAGAGAGAAAGAGAGCAAGCUUUCAUCUUCUGGUUCACUCCCCAAAUGGCUGCAACGUCCAGAGCUAAGCUGGUCUGAAGCCAGGAAUUUCUUCUGGGUUUCCCACGUGGGUGCAGGAGCCCAAGGACUUGGGCCAUCCUCUGCUGCUUUCCCAGGAGCAUUAGCAGGGAGCAGGAUUGGAAGUGGAGCAGCUGGGACUUGAACCAGCAUCCAUAUGGGAUGCAGGCACCGCAGGCAGUGGCUUUAUCUGCUAUGCCACAGAGCCAGCCUCGUCAUCCCUUUUUAAUGGAUUUGACUACUAAGACACAAAGCACAAACGUUGAACCUGAAAUUGCCCAUCAAGGAACCCAGCACAAGUGUCAACUGAUCACCACUGGUAGAACAGAGUAUUUCUUAUCUAAAGGGCUAAAGGAAAGAAAAGUAAUACUGGAUAUGGUGAUGAAAGCAUUGUUUCCCAAAGAGAAAUCAUCAGAUGCUUAAAGGAAAAAGGCUGACCUGGGAUUCUGCCCCAUUUCUUUGGUUUUUCAUUCCUACAUUUAACUCUCACAACAGAGUCCUCACAAUGUACAAGUCCACCUCCUUCUAAAGUCCUGAGGAAUUUAUCUUUGGGCGAACAUUUUAACCUGAGUUUUAUGUUCUCUAAAAAUGGUGGGAAAUGAGACACUGAGGAAGUAACAUAAAGAACGUCUGUUACCAGUUCAAGAGUACUGGCAUAUUUGGAAUGCUUCUAACACUAACUCAUUGUAAGAGAUAAAACCCCUUAUUCUGGCUAGAUUUUUAUUCUUCUGGUAGUGUGGUAUCCAGGCAACAUAUCUCUCCUGCUUUAUAAUUCUGAGAAUUCUCAUUUCUAGAGUACCUGAGCCAAACAAGUACACUAUGGAGGCUGCAGCUAUAUCAUCACUAGUAAUUUGCUCUUGUGUUAGAACCUUUGAACCUAAAGUGGCCUGCCUAAGCCUUUGAAAGCAGGAAUAAAUCGUGCAUGAAACAGAGAUUUAGUUUGAAUAUAUUAAUCAGAAGACUAAAAUACCAGUUGAAUAUCCAAAUUAUUUUGGAAAUCUAUUGACAGUGGAAACCUACAACAAAUACCUAAAACAGAUUACACUAAGAGCCUGGAAAAUUCUAAGGAACUGAAGAUUCUGAGAGGUAAGGUGCUGAAGUCUUAGCAAUGAUACUGCACUUCUCAAGUCAGACAUCUGAGUUUAGAGAAUACAGGCUCUGGGCUUACAAUAAAGUUAGAGCCAUACUGGUUCCACCACAUUCCAUUUACUCUGCAAGUAAAAUUCUAACACAAUGUAGGAAAAAGAAGUAGACAGAAUGGCAUAGAUGUUUAGAAAGUAACCAUUUCAAUAAAAUACAUUCACCAAACAAAUCUGUAAAAUAAAGAGGUUAAAGACAUUGUUCCUAUAUUGUAUAAACACAAUUUCAAAACGACAUAUACAAUUUUGCUUCGUUUCUGGUGUUCAACUGUUUAUAUUUCAACUUCUAAACUGCUUUGUAAUUGGGACUGUGUUUAAGCAUCACAAAAACCAACUAUUUAUUAUAGAUGCAUCUGUAUCAGCAAUUUAAGAAAAAAUAAAUAAGAUGAUACUGUAGGCGAGGCUGAAGUUCAUAUAAUCCACCCUGGAAAUUUAUCAACUUGCUGCCUACAGAACAGAAGGACUCAGACUGAAUACGAUCUAUUAUGUAUUGAUUUCAGUCACAAACAUGCCACAUACUUUUUUCUCAGAAGGUAAAAUGCUAAGUAAUACAGGCGAUGGUUAAGUGAUGAUACAGCAAGUUUUUUGCAAAAAGGUCAAGUACCAACAGAGAUGCACACACUAAAAAAUUCAAAAAAUCCAGAAAGAGAAAUCCACACUAAAAGAUUCAAAUAUACCUGAAAAACACUUCAGAGGUUUAUCAUAAUAGAAGAGCAGUAAUAAUAGUAAUCAUAAGUUACUGAGCCAUUACCACGUGCCACUCAUACUAAGUACACUAAUAGCUUGUCUCAAUCUCAUACUCACGUUAACUCCAUAAGGAGGUAUUUGUGUUCUCUUUUUACAAAUGAGAAAACUAAGGGUCAAGAAAGGUUGAGUCAGUAGCACAGCCAGGAUUUAAACCCAGCCACUGUGUCAGCCUAUUCCAUCAGAGCUGCAGAUUCUGAUUAGUCACUAUUUUCAUUCCUGAAAUUCUCAAACCUUUACCCCAAACCAUGAGUUUUCCUUUCUCCUUGCUUUCUUCCUUGCCUUAAUGCUUUUCACCAUACCUGGGACACACUUAGCUCACUCACACAGUUAAAUCCAAAUUAUUUUAGGGUAACAUUCCAACUUUAAAAUUGCCAGUGAAGUUUUUAUGAUAAAGUAAUGAUAAGCUUAGGUUAUAUGAUACAUAUAAUCUCUGUUGAAUGUUAAGCAGAAUAUUUUGAAAACAUAAAGGUUAAGAAAUCUGUCAGCCUUCUGAGACAAAAAGAUCAGCUGCACUAAAACUCCAAAGUAAUAGGCACAGUUGAUUCUCCAAAGAUGUUAAAGGCAGAUCAAUUUAUCAAAAAUGUUUUAAAGAACUCAAACACUUCAGGGACCUCACAGUUUAAAGUUAUUAUGCUUACAAUUAUUUUGGACUGACUUUACACUCCCUUUAGUUUUUUAUAUCUUGUUUUUAUUACCUUUCCUGGAUGGAAAAAUAAGAUAUAAAAGAAAUAUAUGGAUUAUUUCUAUAUAAAGAUAUAAAGGAAAUCCAGUUUGCUACUUCUAAGUGGCACUAAUAAUUCAAUUAAUAAAAAUAUGAAGACUCCAACUUAUACAGCACAUCCUCUCCACAGUACAGGGGCUCAACAAGAUGUCUUAAAAAGCUCAAGGGAUGGGAUAUGUGCAUUGGGUUCUUGGCUCCUAGUUUUGAACUCUGUCCCCUUCCCUUGCAGACAUUUGGGGAAUGAACCAAUGCUGGGAGUGCUCCCUUUCUUUUCCUGUGGACUAAACAGAUAAUACAAGUCAAGUUCUUAACAUGUUGUCCUGCACAAUAAAAUAACAAUGACAAGGACUUCAUUAUCAAUAACACUAGGCAUGAGUAUGUUAUAAAGCACUGGUUAGGUCUGGUUAGAGGGCAACAUUGGGGAAAAAAGGUAUUGGGGUUAGGGGCUGGCGUUGUGGCCUAGUGGCUAAAGCUGGUGCUGGCAUCCCAUAUGGUUGCUGGUUCAAGUCCUGGCUGCUCCAUUUCCAAUUCAGACUCCCACUAAUGUGCCUGGGAAACCAGUGGAAGAUGACCCAAGUCCUUGGGCCCCUGCACCCACAAAUGGGACCCAGAAGAAGCUCCUGGCUCCUGGCUUCAGACCAGCCCAGCUCUGGCUGUUACUCCCAUUUGUGGAGUGAACCAGUGGAUGGUUUUCUGUCUCUCCCUCUUUCUUUUCAAAUAAAUAAA